GUACUUCUGUUCUAACGCCGAUCCGGGCGUCUCUUUGUUUUCCUUGGAGUUCCCUCUGAGCCGCUAGUAGUCUCCUGUGCCAGGCUGGAGAGACGCAGAAACUUAGAUCCAGAACAUCACAUAGUGAUUGCAGUUCGUUUCCUCAAUUUACGUCGGAAAGUCCUAACUUUUGCGUUACGCUAACUGUGUGAAAAUUCAGUGACCGUAGCUUGGGAAGACGUCGUCACACGCGACGGCGUGACUCCGAAUGCUCUCUGUCGCUGUCUUUCGGAUCGAUUUGUCUGGUGUGCAGGUGUAUGUGGAAGAAGAGUUUGAGGCUGUAUGAUUUGGGGUUGUUUUCUGCGACACGUGUUUGGCCUUUCCGUGCUGGUGUGGGUUCUUGAUGUAGUUUCUGUUUCUCGUGAGACCGUGAAACCAAAAGCGCAGUUUCAUCUGCACAGAGUUUGCAAGAGAGAGCCUGUGUUCUUGUACAGUCGUGUCACAAUGCUGCGACCUACUGUUCGUAGCUCGUUACUGUCCCUGGGGCUGACAGUGAUCCUCUAUCUGGCUCUUACCGGCUCUGCUGAUGCGUUAGCCUCGCAUUUACGCUCCAGACACAUGGAAGCCGGAAGACGAACCAUGGAUACCCAAAACGAUGUAGAAAGUGCUGGUCGUCAAUCUGAACCAAUGGAGGCAGCAGAUCGACAGGCAGAACAUCCCGGUGCACCCACUCAAUCUGAAAUGAAAGAAUUCCAAGAGGAAAUCAAAGAAGGGGUAGAGGAAACAAAGCAUGAAGGCGAUCCUGAGAUGACGCGGCUCAUGGUGACCGAGAAGCAAGAGAGCAAAAAUUUCAGCAAGAUGGCGAAAUCCCAGAGUUUUAGCACGCGAAUCGAAGAGCUCGGGGGAUCCAUUUCGUUUCUAACUGAAACGGGGGUCACAAUGAUAGAGUUGCCCAAAACUGUCAGUGAACAUGACAUGGACCAACUACUCCACGAUAUUCUCGCCGCAGGUGGAGUCGUUGGGCUCGACUCCGAGGUGAAACUCGCAUAGAUGCACGACCCCAGUCGAUUUGCGAGUUAUCGCGGACCUUGACUAGCAGCAGAGCUUUGUCAGCACGUAUUUGUUCUUGUGGCUAAUAUUAGCAACAUGCCCGAUGGUUGUGGCAUUCGGUAUCGAUGUGAAUAGUAGUGCAGUUUAUGUUCACGAAAGAUGUUGUCAAAGAGUCGUUGGAGCGGCAGAAUCAGGCGACGGUGUGAGGCCAGUUUGAUUUUGUGUAUUAGUGGUACUAAUGCAGAACAGUCAAGGUGAUGCGCUGCAUGGCUGAGGAUUCUCUUGGAGCUUUUUGCUCAGCAUCAGAAGCGCGAACAAAGAAUGUCCCUUUAAAGUGGUGACAACCGCUGGAAUCC